CUGCUGCAGACUCGAACAAGGUCAGGGGUCUGUCUGUAAAGCAGCUGUACUUUUCUUCCCUUUCUCUCCCUCAAAGCCCUUCGAGAUGGUUCUAUGUAUCCUGGCUCUCCUCCUCGCAGGGGUUUUGGUGUCAGCUUCCAGGUCCCAGCCAGUGCUGACUCAGCCAGAUUUUAUUUUAGUGUCGCCAGGACAAACCGUGAAUCUGUCCUGCUCCUUGAACUCUGGGUACCACAUCAAGGAUUAUGGGGUUUCGUGGUACCAGCAGAGACCUGGAUAUCCACCGAGGUACCUGCUCUAUUACAAUUCAGAGGCAGACAAGCACAAGUCCUCUGAGAUUCCAGACCGCUUCUCUGCCUUCAAAGACCCCACCAUCAAUGCCUGCAUCUUGACCAUCUCUGGGGUCGAGGCUGAGGAUGGUGCUGACUACUACUGCUCAAUAUCAUACGCCAUCUACUAUCUAUAGAAAUGUGGAACCAAAACUUUGCCUUUCGAUUCCGAUGAUCCCUAUGCAGCGCUUUAUGAUUGAAGGAGCUUAGCCCUGUAAGGAAUGGAAAAAGACACUUCCGAAGUUCUUCAUCCUUGAGUUAACUUAGAGGUGAUGCGCUUUGUUGGUUAUGCUCAGUGAGCUGUGAUGCACAGUGACUUCCUGUUCGACCGAUGGCACGUGGCGGAGUGCAGAAUGCUGUUAAACAUGUGAGGCCAGAUGCUGCGAGGUGCUUAGCAACAGCAACUCCUAUUGUGUAGAAAACCUAACCAAGUGAUUUCUUUCCUACUUGCAGCCUAUUGUACAUCUGCUCAGACCCUGCCUCCUGUAUCUGUGGUUUCUGGUUCAGCUUGACAUACACCUCUGAAUCCUGCUGAAGUUCAUGUCCCUUUUAUGGGUCUUUGCUACGUGCAAUUAGGCUGGGCUGUCAGCUAUGCUGUUCCUGUAUUUGGGAGGAAAAACAGAGGGUUGUGGUGGCAACCUAGGUGAUUUUGAGAUCUUAGGGGAGCUGUAUUGAACAUACUGGCAGUGUAGCCCUGUUCCUUGCUGCAGUGACACCACACUAAUGUGCAGCGUAUACCUAGUAUGUGGGAUAUUUCUUAACUCAGAAACACAAGACUCCAAAGAAAGAACAAAGAGCUCUGGGGGCUGUAUUCAUGCAGUACCUUCCAAUAAUUUGGAAGAGUAAUUUGAACAGCUUGUACAAUCACCUGGGGGGAGGGUGGAGUGCUCUGUGCCUUAGUUUGGGACCGUAUCACAUCAAGGCUGGUCUAGUAUGGGGGCCUUCAGCGCAUGUGUGAUACUGCACUCCUUCGUUGCAUGCAUGUGUGAUGUGAAGGAUUGAUCAGCUUCCUCUGAGACUGGUGCAUGUCAUUCAGUGUAUUUUCAUGCAUAAAAAAAGAAAAAAACUCCCAAAAGAUCUUUUUUGCCAGACCCUUUAAAUAUAGAAAUAAAUUCAAUGUGCUGCUCAUGUGAAGACAGGCUUGGCUAUGCUUAUAGAUUCAUAGGCUUGGGGCCAAAAUAGGCAUAUGUUGCCAAAAAACAGUUCAGAAAUCUGUGUGGGCUUUUGGGUGUGAGCUUUGCUUUGUGCCCUGUUACCCGUUAUUCAAGGUACUUUUGGGGAAUCUAAUUUGUGGAGUUCCCAGAAAAAGUGAAUUUGCUGUGAGUGUUACCUAGAUAACAGAGUCCUGUCCUCCUUGACAUUCAACAGUAUUGUGCUUAUGUAAAUCUGCCUGUCUUGGGUUUCACUUGGUAUGUAUGUACAAGCGGGUGUGGACUAGAUUUUGGCUUUGGUGGGGUUGUACAGUACAGAUAAUAAAGCUGGAUAAUUACA